AUGAGUAAAGCACUCAACCAAAUUUCCAAAUCGCCCUUCACACGCUGGAUUGGGGAAGAGAGACUUCCUCAACGGUUCACUCAACCCACUUUCACCUUGUAUAACAACAAAACGGACCUUGUUGAGCAUGUCAACCAUUUUAAUCAAAAGAUGGUUGUACAUUCUAAGAAUGAAGCCUUGAUGUGCAAGGUUUUCCCAUCCAGUCUUGAGACUGUGGCGAUGAGCAGAGCUCCUCGUCCUUUGACUUCCUUGAUAUCUCUAUCCAUGAGAGAAGGAGAGACUCUGAAAAUGUACUCGGACAGAUAUUGGAAGAUGUUGAACAAGAUAGAUGAUGAUUUUAAAGACGUAGCCAUCAGUACUUUCAAGCUCGGCCUGCCUGCCGAGCAUGGCCUAAGGAAGUUUUUGAUGGGGAAACCUGUUACUAGUAUACGUCAACUCAUGGAUCAAAUUGACAAGUAUAAUAGGGUUGAGGAAGACUAG